CUCGACAAUUUUAGUUGCAUAACUUGCAAUGUCCCCAUUGAUGCUUCUGCUCUGUUUUCUUCUUCAACUAAUCUACAGUUUCUACUUUUGUUCUUCUUCUGCUGCUGCUACCUCUACCCCUUCUGCUCCAUUCAACUCUUUGCUUCCCUCCGACGCUGUUUCUUUAUUGUCAUUCAAGUCAAAAGCUGACCUUGACAACAAGCUUCAUUACACACUUAACGAGCGUUUUGAUUACUGUCAAUGGCGAGGAGUGAAAUGUGUACAGGGUCGUGUUGUGCGUUUUGUUCUUCAAGGGUUUAGUCUCCGGGGUACUUUUCCGGCGAAUAGUUUAACUCAUCUUGACCAACUCCGAAUCCUUAAUCUUAGGAAUAACUCACUUUCCGGUCCUAUUCCUGAUCUUUCCGGUCUUCCCAACCUCAAAACUCUGUUUCUUGAUCAUAAUUUUUUCUCUGGAACUUUUCCCCUUUCUGUUCUUUCUAUUCACCGUCUUGUUAUUCUUGAUCUUUCUCGGAACAAUCUCACUGGUUCACUCCCUGUUAGGCUUACUGUUCUUGACCGGUUGAACUAUCUCCGGCUUGAUUCCAACUGGUUUAACGGUUCGAUUCCGCCGUUGAACCAGACCCAACUCCAAAUAUUCAAUGUGUCUAAUAAUAACCUCACUGGUCCAGUACCUGUUACUCCAACUCUGAAGAAAUUUAACAUACGCUCGUUCUUACGGAACCCUAGUCUUUGUGGUGAGGUUGUUGAUAAGCCGUGCCGUUCGGCUCCAUUCUUUGAUUCACCUUCCUCUGCUGCCUCUCCGCCCACACCGUUAUACCAAAACGCACAGUCGCAAGGUAUUCUUAUUACUCCUCCACCUCAGCACAAACACAAAAAAGUUGGUGUUGUUUUGGGUUUUGUAGUUGGAACAUUGAUCUUGAUUGCAGCUGUUCUCUGUCUUUUUGCUUUUGUGAAAAAGAGAAGAGAAGAAACUGAAACUGAAUCAAAAGCAACAAAAUGUACCAUUGAGACCAUCACUAAUAGUGCAGCGAACGCAACGGUUUCUGAGCCAGAUGAUAGUAGCCAAGAGAUUAAAUUAGAAAAAGAAAUGAAAGUGCUUCAAGCCCCCAAACAACAGAUGAAGAGUGGAAAUCUGAUAUUUUGUUCAGGGGAAACAGAGUUGUAUUCUUUAGAACAACUAAUGAGAGCAUCAGCAGAGUUGCUUGGAAGAGGCACAAUUGGAACAACGUAUAAAGCUCUGAUGGCUAGUCAGUUAAUCGUUUCAGUAAAGCGAUUGGAUGCUGGUAAAACUUCGAUUACGAGUGCAGAAGCGUUUGAGCAACACAUGGAGUCAGUUGGGAUGUUGAGGCACCCAAAUUUGGUUGCAGUCAGAGCAUACUUUCAGGCUAAACAAGAAAGGCUUGUUAUCUAUGAUUAUCAGCCUAAUGGCAGUCUCUUCAAUCUAAUUCAUGGUUCAAGAUCAACAAGGGCAAAGCCUCUUCACUGGACAUCGUGUCUAAAAAUAGCAGAAGAUGUGGCUCAGGGCCUUGCUUACAUCCAUCAAGCGUCAAAGCUCACUCAUGGCAACUUGAAAUCCUCCAACGUCCUUCUAGGGUCUGAUUUUGAGGCCUGUCUAACAGACUACUCCAUCAUCGCGCUUGCAGAUAUUUCUUCGGAGGAUGAUCCUGAUUCAGCAUGCUAUAAAGCACCAGAAGUGCGCAAAUCAGCACGAAGAGCCACACCAGGGUCUGACGUAUAUGCCUAUGGUAUUCUGUUAUUAGAGCUUUUAACGGGCAAACCUCCAUCUCAGCAUCCACAUCUCUCUCCCCCUGAUGUACCGGAUUGGGUUAGAGCUAUGAGGGAGGAUGAUAAUGAGGAGGAUAGAUGGCUUGCAAUGCUAGUUGACCUUGCUAGUAUAUGUAGCUUGACAUCACCAGAACAGAGACCAACAAUGAGGCAAAUCUUGAAAAUGAUACAAGAUAUAAAGGAUAGUGCAAUGGUGGAGAAUAACAAAAGAGAUGCACAUAAUGGAUACUCAUAGCUUCUUCUGAAUUGCAGUUACACCAUUAACCAGCGAGGGUACAUGGUCA